AUGUCUCAAACACUUUGUACCAUAAAUAAAUGUAAACGAAUAUCACGUGCUCUUUGUCAUUGUUGUAAUCAAGAUCUUUGUUUAUUACAUUUGAAAGAACAUAAUGAUAUGGUUAUUGCACAAUUAAAUCCAUUAACAGAUGAAAUAAAUACAAUUGAUAAUCAACUGAUGACAAUCGAUAUUAAAGAAUCAAUUGGAGAAUGUCGUAAAAAACUUGAAGAAUGGCGUAAUAAAUAUUAUAAAACUAUUGAUAAUUUAUUCGAACAAAAAUAUAAAGAAAUUGAACAGAUUGUAAUUAAUAAAAUCGAUAAACAAAAAGAUGAAAUUAAUUUAACACGAAGAACUUUAACUAAACUUAUUCAAGAAGAAGAAGCAUCUCAACAAGAUGUUGAUUUACUAAAAACAGAAAUUCAUCAACUUAAUGAAAAUUUAAAUAAAAUUGAACAUAUAUCUUUUCAAAUCAAUAUUCAACCAUUAGUAAUUGAUGAUCAUAUAAUUCAAAUUCAAGAAAAAGCAGAUCUACACUCAGUUCUUUCUCUACCAUUCAAAACAAUCGAUUUUCCUGGAAUAAAAUCUCCAAUUAUCGCUUCUAAUGAUCGAUAUUUAUUAUUUCAUCAAAAUUUAUAUUUAUGUUUGAUUGAUUAUGAUUAUAAAAUAAUUAAAAAACUUCCUUGGUAUUUAGAACGAAUACAAGAUAUAUGUUGGUCAUCAACAUUAGAUCGAUUUAUUUUAAUUGUUGAAAGUUGUGGUAUUUGUUUUGUUCAUGAAAAUACAAUUUCAUUAGACAAUUCAAAUUGUCUUAAAAAAGGAAAAUUUCAUUCUUGUACAUGUUCUAAUACAUCUUUAUUUUUAAGUGUUGAUGAUUAUAUGUCAACUAUAAUAGAAUAUCGUUUAUUACCAUCAAUAGAAAUUAUUAAACAAUGGAAAUCUCCUGAUACAUGUAUACAAGAUGAAUAUAUUGAUUGUAUACGUUAUAAUAAUGAAACACUUGCUUUAGUUAUUCAAAAAUUUUCUGAAAAAUUAUUAAAAUUUGAAUUAAGAUCUGCUAAAACACUUGAUCGAUUAUGGUCAGUUCAAGUUGACAUAGAUUCAAAACCUUUUCAAUGUGGAUAUUGUUUAUUUUAUGAUUAUUAUUGGUUAUUUAUUAAUAAGAAUUCAUCAUGUAUUUUAAAUAUAACAACAGAUGGAAAAAUAAAAGAAAAAUAUGAUUAUAGUUCAAAAGCAUACAACGCUACUUUAUUUGCAGACAAGAAAUUAGCUAUAUUAACUGAGAGUGGUAUAAAUUUUCAUAAGCUUUAA